UAUACCCUAAACACUAAAAUCCAUUCUGUAACACUAAAAUCUCAAAGCCUUUACCAAAACCCUAGAAUCGGCUGGCCAAUCUGCAACCCUAGACCCUAAGCCGCUCUAAGGCCCAAUCCUUUUCUUUUCUCGUUCCAGGAGAUCAGAAUAGCUCUAGCCGUGAUCAAGGGCAUCCCCGUGGAGCUCGAGAAGGAACAGCAAUCCGAUUAGUUUGGCUACAAGGCAGUAGAUCGUCCUCCCCAUUUCGAUCCUUCACCUCUUGCUGCUGAAGAUUGGAGGAUCCAACAAGAAACCGAACCCGACAGCAGAAUAAAGGCGGAAGACCGAUAGCGACCAAUUUAAUAGCGAGUCCGGAAGAGCGCCCGCCAUCAUCUUUAUUCUUGCCUCUGACAAGAGUGUGGUAGCGAUUCCUAGCUUAGGAGUUGAGAAAGAAAGAGUAUGGACACGUAUAAAAGAAGUGCGGUUCUCUCCUCUUUUUUCUUGCCUCAUUCCUUGCUUGCCAGUCGGAGAUACCGGAAGCCAAUCCAAUCCCAGAGCGCCAUCUCUUCCCCGAGAGAAUAAAGGAAAGCAAAGCCAGGCCUCUAUUUCUCUUUCUCUCUCUUGCUUUCUCCUUUCUUCUCUCUUCUUUCUUCUUAUCUGCUACAUAAUGCGCCUUCCCCCCUCCCCCACCCCUUUCACGCACUCCUUCUCCUCUUCCUUCCGCGCACGACGAGCCGCAACCCACCGUCUCCUUUGGGGAAGAAGAACAACAAGAGGAGGAGGAAAAAAUGAUGAGCGAAUACGACACAGGGCAGUGGAGGAGGCCGCCGCCCUCGAGGAAGGUGACGAGGCAGCAGACAAUGGAACCGUUAUUGGAGGAGGCCCCCGACAGCGAGCUCGUCCCAUCCUCCCUGGCCUCCGUCGUCCCCAUUCUUCGUGUCGCCAACGAGAUCGAAGUCCACAACCCUCGUGUUGCCUACCUCUGCCGCUUUCACGCAUUUGAAGAGGCCCACAAUUUGGAUCCUACAUCAAACGGCCGCGGUGUCCGCCAGUUUAAAACAUAUCUCUUACAUAGGCUUCAGAAGGAGGAAGAGGAAAUAGAGCGAAGGCUUGCUCGCAACGAUCUGAAAGAAAUCCAAUUGUUCUAUCAGUGGUACUAUGACACAUAUGUUAAGGAAGGACCUGAAAGAACACGCCAGGAGAUGGCUAAGCAUUAUCAGAUAGCAUCGGUAUUAUAUGACGUGCUGAAAACUGUGGCACGCGGAAAAGUUGAUGAUGAGAUACAUAAACGAGCUAAAGAAGUUGAGAGGAAGAAAGCUCAUUUUGUACCAUAUAACAUUCUUCCUCUUUACUUUUCUGGGCCUCCUCCGGCAAUUAUGGAACUUGCAGAGAUUAAAGCAGCAAUC